AUGUUGCACAUCACCUGCAUCGCCCACCUCACUCACCCGCCUCGCUCACUUCGCCCCCAUGUCGUCCGUGUUUGCCUCUGUUCGCUGUCGGACACGCACUUCAAGCGCUUCUACGGCCUCUUGUCGUCCGAUGCGGAGGACGGGCGCGAACGGAGCGAGGAGGAGCGCGACCUCACCCCGAAGCCAUCCCGCAAGAACACCGCGGAGACCCCCGCGGAGACCGCACCCCUCCUUGUCAAACGCCGGGCGCGCCCCCCGCACCUCGCGCAGGCCGAGCUCACGCGUCUUGCCGCGAAGUUCGCGCGCGGCAUCACUCUUGCGUCGUCACUUCGCCCGAAUGUCGCCUACCGCCUCGCGGUCACCCACGUUUCGUCGCCUCGCCCACAUUAA